CCGAUUUGCCGUGGCCUCCGCAGAGUGGGUUUCAGGAAGAAAAAAGCUACAACUACAGACAAACAGGCUUCCAUUCAGCUUGAGUUCCACCUUUGUCUCUAUUGUUUACCAGGGACCACACCCUGUUUGGAACUAUACAGCACACAGGACCAUCCAGAGGCUGAAUGAUAUACUAGGAAUCCUCUUAGAAAAGGUAUGCCUGUUUGACUGUCAUGGUCAUGGAUGAUGGAAAAGCAACCGUCAAACAACAGUGUCCUUGAUCAGUUUAUUAAUAGCCAGGAGCAGACAUAUGAAGAAUUUCUCAGCACGUUCACUUAUCUUUGGAAAGAAGAGGUGAAAAUGAAAAGCCAAGUAUCUGAAAUGGAUUCCAUAGAAAAUACAUUUUCAAUGCUUGAGUUGUCAAACAGAAAUAAACAGAAUGUCUCUCCUGUAAGAAACAAAGAGCCAUCAGUGAAUCUCUCAUCACAGACUGUGGAUGAAGACCAGAUAAUGAUGGGUGAAGGCUGGAAAGUUGGCUGCUCUAACCAAGGUGACCUCAGUCUGGCAAGAAAAGUGAAGGUGGACAAUUACUUGGAGUUGGAAGAUUUUGACACAGAUGAUGAAUUCGGUCAAGGGACAUAUAGUGCAGGGUCAUUAGUGCUUCCAGGAGAGGUGGAACAGACAGCGACUUGCUAUACACCUUCCUUUGAUCAGCCUACUAAUCUGGAGUUCGGGACCUUGUCAAUUACACAACCAUCAAUCAGCAAAACACAAGAGCUCUGUGGGGAUGAAGUUCAGCUGUUCUCCCUUGAUGAAGAAUUUGACUAUGACAGUGUGGCAUUGACCCCCAGGUUCUCUGAGGCUGAGAUGAAAGCCAUUAUAAACUUGUCUGAACAGAAAAAAGUAAGGAUCGGCCUUAAGUCACCAGGAUCUGAAGACUGAAGCUGACGUACCUUGCUAGGCAUUCUCUGUUAUUCAGCUGGAAAAAUAUUUUUAAGGGGAAAAUCCAACUCCCUCUUCUGCAAUCAUAGCGGGCUCUUUUGCAAUGAAGCCAGUGUGGGCCUGUCAUAGAACCUGUGGGAUGUUCAUAUACCCUGUGCAGCACUGGGCUGAAGUAGCCUCCCCGUAGUAUUAUUAUUUAUUAUUUGUAUUACUGUAGUGCCUAGGAGCUCUAAUCAUAAAUCAGGACCCCAUUGUGCUAGCUGCUGUUCAAACACAGAACAAAAAGGUGGUCCCUGCUCCAAAGAGCUUACAAUCUAAGCAUAGCAGCUCCACCGCCUGGAGGGUAGAUUCCUCUCUCUCUGCCCCCUUUACAUAUCCCUAGAGCAACUUGCCUAGGUACUCAUACUGGAUGCUGGGGUCUGGACUGGUUCCUAUAUGCAUACAAUUCCUACAUGUGUCGGUGGGUUUUGAAAGACUUAAGCCCUGGUUCUCAGCCCCAGUUCCAGUUGCUUUGUUGUUCUCUGGCAGCACAAAGCAACAGGAAUGGUUCCUUAAAAGGCAGCUAGGAAUUCCUGUGUUGAAGAAAAAUCCUUGAGUGGCAUAUAAUGUGUGCAGUGCUAGAAUAAUGACUCCUUAGGGGUCAGUAUAAACUGGUGUAAAUUAGACUAUGUUUUGUGCUGGCUUCAGCCCCCAACCAGCCCAGAGUUGUCUCAGGGCCGUUUUUGCCUGGCUCCCUCAGGAGUGUAAACAUUAGCUUGUGGCAACUGAGCAUUCAGCCUUUAGUCUCUUUUUCUGGCAUUAUAAGGUGAAAAGAUACAGAGCUGUGGACCAAUGAUCAAACCCAGGAAGGAUUUUGAUACCUUCUGUGUGAUUUCAGUUCUUCAGAUCAGUAAUAUUCCUAUUUUUUCAAUGUUUUUUCCUUAUGUGGGUUUGAAUUAAGUGUGUAUAAUUCCUGAACAUCACAGUAACGUCUUUUUUUUUGGUCACAAAAAAGUCUUCAGGGCAGGAGAAGCAGAAUAGCAGUGAUUUAACCCAUUACCUAACUCGACAAGCAAAAUUUAGACUGUAAAGACAUAUUUCAUACAUUUAUAUAGGAAAUGGUCCCAAGGUUUUUCACCAUGUGACAUACAUUCAGCACCACUGAAAUGCAGCAACCUGUGGGGUGGAGCGUGAAAGUGCAUACAUCAUGGUGCAUAGCAUGUGAGGAAAGGAGAACAUGUGGCCAAAGGCCCUGGGGAAGAUGCUUACUCUUACACAGAGAGUCAUGAGAUAUGUAGGACUCAAUCCUUCUUACUUUUCAUCAGCCAUUGGGGCUAUUGCAUGAGUAAAAGUAGCAACACCUGGUCCAUAAUGGGUCAGAUACAUACUGGUGUAACUCCAUUAACUUUAGUUUGUGGACCAACAAUUCAUCUUUGGCAUAACACCAUUAACUUUGUGAUAGAAGAUUACAGUGAUGAGUGUGGUAAGAAUGCCUGGGUAGAUAGCUUUGGGAUUGAACAACAUGCAGUUUAAACACUUUGAAUGAAAUCCAUAAGGCUGGAUGGCUGCUCCAAAGCCAACAGUUUCCAUGAGUCAAAAAGGGGCAUCCUUGUUCCAAAGGAAAUGAUUUGUUUCAAUUAUAUGGCAAAUUAUAAA